AGACAAACCAACCCACUGGGAGAAGAUGGCUGGGGGUCCAGCUGUCCUCCAAGGUCUGCGAGCCACCAUCUUCCUCUUCUUGCUGUCUGCUGCCUACCUGGGUCCUGGGUGCCAGGCCCUGAGGGUGGACAGGGGCCCACCAUCGGUGACAGUGAGCAUAGGGGAUAAGGUCCACCUCCCUUGCCAGUACAAUGACAACAAAACCAAAGUCAAUGUCACAUGGUGGCGCUUCAUCCAAGGCAACCAUACGUGGCCCCCCGAGUACAUAGGUUUUGCCAACGACUCCAAUGGUGAGCUGACCAUCGAGAAUGUGAACAAGAGCCACGGGGGCAUGUACAGGUGUCAUGUCCAGGAACAAGGCAAAUCACACCAGUACUCCUGUGGCACCUACCUCCGUGUCCGUGAGCCACCCCCUAGACCUUUCCUGGACAUGGGAGAGGGCACCAAGAACCGCAUCAUCACAGCGGAAGGGAUCAUCCUUCUGUUCUGCGCAGUGGUGCCUGGGACAUUGCUACUGUUCAGGAAACGAUGGCAGAAUGAGAAGUUCGGGGUAGAUGCCCAGGAUGAUUAUGAAGAUGAAAAUCUUUAUGAGGGCCUGAACUUGGACGACUGCUCCAUGUAUGAGGACAUCUCCAGGGGCCUCCAGGGCACCUACCAGGAUGUGGGCAGCCUCCAUGUUGGAGAUGUCCAGCUGGAGAAGCCGUGACACUCCCCACUCCCACCAGACUGCCCCAGCCUGCUGCGCCCCAAAUCCAGGUCGCCCUGAAACACACUCUCUGCAAUCUUCCCUCAUUUUCCACCCUGG